CUUCAAAGAACAAAGCCGCACAAAUGAGAUCAAAGGACGGUAGCGAGUUGUCUACACGAGAUCUGCAGAAAAUAGUUCAGGCUUUGCCGCAAUAUGGAGAACAAGUUGACAAACUCUCCACUCAUGUAGAGCUAGCUGGAAAGAUAAAUAGAAUAAUCAGAGACACAGGACUUCGGGAUCUAGGGCAGCUGGAACAAGAUCUUGUUUUCGGAGACGCAGCUGCCAAGGACGUUAUCAACUUUCUGAGGACAAAUCAGGACACAAACCCGGAAAACAAAUUACGGCUAUUGAUGAUUUAUGCAACAGUGUACCCCGAGAAGUUUGAAGGUGACAAGGGUGUAAAGCUAAUGCAGCUUGCUAGAUUAUCUCCUGUGGAUAUGAAGGUUAUAAGCAACAUGCAGUUGAUAGCUGGAUCUCCAGAAAACAAGGCUAAAUCCGGUAGUUUCUCCCUCAAGUUUGACGCUGGAAAGACAAAACAAGCAAACAGGAAAGAUCGAUCUGGUGAAGAAGAAACAUGGCAACUAUUCCGGUUUUAUCCCAUGCUCGAGGAGCUGCUUGAGAAACUCGUGAAAGGCGAUCUAUCUAAAAGCGACUAUCUGUGUAUGAACCAAUCAAGUCAUAAGGAGGAGAGUGAACCAAAAACAGGAUCAGUCAGGAAGAGUUCUGCUCCUACAGCGGUUCCAGAUNAACUGUAAACUUUGAAUAUAUUUCGAGAAAAUGACCAACUUUGNUGGGCGCGUAAUCAGACUUCUGACGAUGGAUACUCCAGUGACUCAGUGUUGAAAAGUGCUUCUACGGACUUCAAGAAGCUGGGCCAACGCAUCUUUGUAUUCAUUAUUGGUGGGGCAACUCGAUCCGAGCUCCGAGUUUGCCACAAGUUGACAAGCAGUUUGAGGAGAGAAGUGGUACUAGGCUCCACUAGUUUCGACGAUCCCCCACAGUACAUCACGAAGCUGAAAUUGCUGUCGGAAAAAGACAUAGCAGGGGCUCCUGCUCAGCCCUUCAAACCACAAUACUGGUGAAUUUGACACGGCUUGCGUCUCAAAAUGUUUUUAGUUGAAGACAAAAAAAAAAAAAAAAA